AUGGCCAGCACUGAGCAGCUCAACACCUCAGAGAGGUGGCUCACACAGGCCCUCGAGGGCGACCAGCGUGCUGUCACCUUUCACGAGCUGUCGCGCGAGAUCGGAUGCCAUGUCCACCAUGCCAAGAACCUGAUGCGCGCCUACCUCUCCUCGCACCCGGCCGUGGCCGCGACGUACCUCCUCUCGGGCCCGCUCCUCGCUUCGUCGACGCUCGCGCAGACGCAGGUGGCCGCCAACGGCGGUGGCCCAGCCACGCAGUCGCUGGCGCACAUGAGCGCGACGCAGAAGAUCAAGAUUGUGGACAUGGACCAGAUGAGCGACGACGAGCGUAAUUCCGAGGCGGACGCAGAGGAGGAGCGCGAGGAGAUUGAGCUCGAGCACAGCGAGGACAAGAUCGCCGUCGACGACCAGGGCGCCGUCGACGACCAGGGCGCCGUCGUCCCCGAGGAGGUUGCGCGCUGGGGAGUCGUUCUUGUGGGCCAGGACGCGCUGGACGAGAAAAAGGGCCUGUUCGAACCUGGUCAAGUGAGCGUGCACGUCUACGCUCUCAGCCCGGCGCCUGCCAAGGACGCGGCACAGCUCUUGACAUGUGCGCUCGCCGUGCGUGAGCACAAGGCAAGCCGCAACCCAGCGGUGUACGGCACGAUCACUGGCGAUGCGCUCGGUGGCGGCCCGGCCAAGGCGAUGCGCGAUGGCGGCAUGGACUUUGGCAAGAAGGCGGCCGACAAGCCCAAGGAGGUCAAGGAGGUCAAGAAGGAGCCCAAGGUCGAGGUCAAGAAGGAGGAGGCCAAGGCCAGGCAGGCGCCCAGGAGCAAGCGCAGAGUCAUUGCGUCGUCGGACGAGGACGAACCCGAGCCGCCCAAGGCCUCGUCGUCCAAGGCACCUGCCAGCAAGAAGCUUGAGCCCACCUCGUCAAUGGUCCGCGCAGACGACCAGGCGGCGAUGGAGGCCAUGUUGGUCAUGGACGUCGACGACUUUGACGAUGGCGACGACGAGUUCUCGGCCAAGAAGAAGGAGGUCAAGAAGGAGGUCAAGAAGAAGGAAGGCGGUAAGCGCAAGCGCCGCCAGGUGAAGAAGUCAAAAGUCGAGAUGGACGACAAGGGUUACAUGGUUACCAAGGACUACUGGACCGACGAGUCGUACUCUGGUGGCUCGGAGACCGAGACCGACUCACUCCCCCAAGCGACGACGAAGAAGGCUGCUGGCAGGGCGGCCAAGCCUGAUCCCAAGGCCGAGUCGAGCUCGAGCAAGGCUCCUGCGCGUCCCACCAAGUCUGCCCCUCCUCCCAAGCCCGCUGCUCCCGCAAAGGGACCGGCCAAGAAGGGCGCGAUGGGACAGAGCACGCUUGCUGGGUUCUUCAAGAAGAAGUAG